GCCUGGUUAUACAACAUUCAUCUUUUCUUCAAAACUGAUAAAUAAGAUCCGGUUGGCCGAACAGGAAGCAAGGAGAUACUCAUGGCGCCCGACUAGAAUGGAGUACCUAUUAUCGCUUCCAAAUCUCUAUUUUGUUUAGCGUGUCCACAACGAGACAUACAUUUCCACUCGCAGAUACACGUUAUGGAUUCAGAAGAGAUUGAAGUGGAGAGCAGCAGUGAUGCAGGUCCGUCAGGGAUGGAGGAGCCAUCUGAGAGUGGCAUGGGCAUGGAAUCAUCAGAGGCCAUGUCUGCUGACAGCAGUGAUGCUGCUGCCUCUCAUGUACAGGCCCCAGAGUCUGACUGCCACGUGGGACAGAGCUCAGAGGGGCUUGUGGUGUUCAUCCCAGAGACCAGCUCUAGCACAGACAUCCGAGUUUCCUCGGUCCACCUCCCAGACUCGUCCUCAGUGGCCCAGUCCACCAGUGUAUCCAGUGUCUCCACGGUGACUCAAUCGGUGCUUGUGUCUGAGUCGGCGCAGGUACUUGUCCACUCUAGUGCCGUGUCUGAAGGAGCUAUGAUGGUGUCUGAUUCAACCGCCUCCACCUCCUCAGAUCUGGGGUCAGCCAUAGACAAGAUCAUAGAGUCCACCAUCGGUCCUGACAUCAUGAAUGGAUGUAUAGCUGUUACUAGUGCAGAAGAUGGGGGUGCAGAAACAACCCAGUAUCUAAUAUUACAAGGACCCGAUGAUGGUGCUCCUAUGGUAGCCCAGAUGUCCUCCUCAGCCUUGUCCAGCCGAAUAACCAUUGAGACUAUAGGUGAAGGUCCGACCUCUACUUGUUUGGACCAAAAUGACUUGCAGGGCAACUUGGAACCAGACCAACCUGACGAUCAGCCAGGACACUCGGGUUAUCCAGAGGACAGUAGCAGUCAGCCAGACCAGCCUCAGCAUUCCCACCCCUCCCAAUACAUGGACUGCAGUGCAGAUGGUCCAGACCAGACUGGGGAGUCGUCGUCGUCCUCCUCCUACAUGGAAUGCUCUGCAGAGGAGCCCGACCAGACCCGCUCCCAGGUCAGUUUCCCUGACUACAGUGGAGACAACUGUGACCAGGACCUUCCUGGGUAUGUGGAGUGCAGCGGGGCCGACUCCAACCCUGCCAACCGAGGUCACUAUGUGGUGGAGUGCAGUGCCGGGUACCUCGAAAGUUCAGCAGAUGAUGGACAACAACCUCAUCAUUCACGUAGCUACAUUGACAGCAGUGCUGACCACCGCUCCCAGACCAUUCGCCAGUAUGGGACUGAGUAUGGUGGGCAGUGUGUAGCAGCUGCGGACUCUGAGCAGCCGGGCUGUUCACAGUACCACGCUCAAGAUGAUGAUGAUGAUGAUGAUGAUGAAGAUGAUGACCAGAAUCAGGACCCAGACCACCCCCAUCUCUCCCCGCAGCAGCCCCAGCACUCCUGCUACAUGGAGAGCAGCAACGGCCCAGAAGGCUCCCUCUACGCUGAUGAGGGCACCUCAUCCGACCACCCCCUUGCCGACACAGCAGGUUCAGCUGAGGCCCUGGAGUGCAGUGAGAGCCAGCCUGGGCCAUACAUCAGUAGCAGUGGCACCUAUACCACCCACCCAGAGCCUGGGCUAUCUGUGCAGUGCUCUCACAGUCAAGAGGAGCCCCAGGGCUCACAGGGGCCUCAGGAUGAGGCUGGGCUGGUGGCGGCAUCAGAGACACCGGCCGUGGAUGAGGGCUGUGGAGACCGACCACCCAACCUGGCUGAGCUAGAGGAGAUGAUGGAGGUGGUGAUCGUACAGCAGUUUAAAUGCAAGAUGUGUCCAUAUAAGAGCACCUCCAAAGAUACUCUCAUUAAUCACAUGAGAGAUCGGCAUUUCAAACCUGCAGGGGAGGCCCCAAAGAAGCGUGGUCGAGGGCGUCCCCCUAAGAGUGAGACCCUGGCUCGUCGCCAGGCAGAGCUGAAGGCAGCAGAGGAGAGGAAGGCAGCAAAGGUGAAGUCAGAGGAGCCACAACAAGCAGAGGAAGAUGAGGAUGACAUUGUGGAUGCUGGAGCUAUCGAUGACCCAGAAGAGGACAGUGACUAUAACCCAGUAGAUGGGGAUUUCCGGGGUAGACCACCGGCCAUUCUAAAGAAGCCCACUCCCCCCAUCUCAUCCUCUUCUCAGGGGCGUCCGCGGCGCAAGGUUGGUCGGCCCAGAAAGUACAGCCUUGUGGAGGAAGGCUUCAGCAGCAAAGAAGCAGAGAGUGCUCCUAAGAAGCCCAGGGUGAGUGUGGAUGCCAGUGCCCCUGAGGAGGCAAGCUCUUCCGGGUUAGGCAAUGGCUCACAUUCUUUGAGUAAUGGAGACGCAGCUGAGGCAGCAGUAAGCCAAUCAGACUCUGAGAACAAAGACCCGUCAUCAAACACAGCGCCAGAAGAAGAGUUCUACCCCAAGAGGCGCGGUCGACCCUCCAAGAGGUUUCUACGCAAGAAGUAUAAGAAGUAUAUAAAUCGCAAUCGAUACUAUAAAUCCCUCAAACCACUCCUAAGGCCGCACAAUUGCUGGAUCUGUGGCUCACGUUUCCUCUCCCAAGAAGACCUGCGCUUUCAUGUGAAUUCCCAUGAAGGCAAUGAUCCAGAGCUCUUUAAGUGUCUGCAGUGCAACUAUCGCUGCAAACGCUGGUCCUCUCUCAAGGAUCACAUGUUCAACCAUGAGGGGACCAAGCCAUUCAAGUGUGAAGAGUGUGACUAUAGCAGCGUCUACAGGAAAGAUGUGAUCCGCCAUUCAGCAGUUCACAACAAAGACAAAAAAAGAAAGACUGAGCUGGUACCCAAGGUCUCCCAGUUCCCUUGUCCUGUCUGCCACAGGGUUUACCCCAUGCAAAAGAGACUGACCCAGCACAUGAAGACCCACAGUGCUGAGAAACCGCACAUGUGUGAUAAGUGUGGCAAAUCCUUCAAGAAGCGCUACACAUUCAAAAUGCACCUAUUGACCCACAUACAAAGCCUUGGAGAUAGCAAGUUCAAGUGUGAGUUCUGCGACUACACAUGUGACAACAAGAAGCUCCUGCUGAACCAUCAGCUGUCCCAUACCAAUGACAGGCCCUUCAAGUGUGACUACUGUAAAUACUCCACCUCCAAGGAAGACUUCUUGGUGUCGCACCUCGCUAUCAAGCACACAGGAGAGAAGCCUUUCUCUUGUGACAUGUGCCACUUCAUGACCAAGCACAGGAAGAACUUGCGCCUGCAUGUACAGUGUCGCCACCCGGAGGACUUUGAGGAGUGGUGCAUUACUCACCCUGAAGAGCCAGUCAGGAGGCGCCGUAGACCCUUUUUCACUCUGCAGCAAAUAGAGGAGUUAAAACAGCAGCACGAUGAGCUGCAGAACUCCAUUGUAACUGUCGAUUCUGUGACACUACAAGCCAUGCAGGAUAUGGAGAAUGGUUCUGUCUCUCAUGAUGCACUGGAAAACACCACCAUCAUUUAUGAACAAGCUGAGUGCACUGACUUGUCAGCCCAGAAUGCACUUGACCUGCUGUUGAAUGUGAGCAAUGCACGGGAGUUGGUUGGAAACUCUUUACAGGUGGCAGUGCUGAAGUCAGACAGUAAGGCACUUGAGGGGCGUACAUGGAGUGGGGUGACAUCUGCUUCUGGCCAGCCACAAAAGGUGGUGACAUUCCACGUGUCAGAGAACGGCGAGACGGUGGUCCAGGAGGCCUAUCAGGCAGCCACCUCAGAGGCAGCAGAGCUCACUCAGAUUGCCAUCGAAGCCUAUGAGGGAGGAGGGGACUUCAGUGUGGUGGAACAGGCUGUUGAGGAGAUCCACAGCAAUGGAGAGAACAGUCCGUCCGAGACUGUUGAGGUCUCUGAAUCAGAGAGUAUGAAAAGUGACAAGUACUAUCUAACAUCAACACUGGCAGAUGGUGUUUUACAGCAGGUGGAGCUGAGUAGUGAGUCUCCAGCCUCCCCGUCUGUUGUGAGCUCUCCCAGUCUCGGCUCCAAGAGGUUCUCCUGCCGCAUCUGUAUGGAGUCUUUCCAGGGCCGCUCUGACAUGGAGAACCACAAGAGGGCGCACCUGGACUCUAACACUUUCAAGUGCCCUGACUGUGACUUCACAGCUCCCUCCUGGCCUGACGUUAAGACUCACAUGGAGCUACAUUCGUACCUACGGCCUCACAAGUGUCCAAACUGCAGUUUUGCCUCCAAGAACAAGAAGGACCUGCGUCGGCACAUGAUGACCCACACAAAUGAGAAGCCCUUCUCCUGCAAACUGUGUGGACAAAGGUUCAACCGUAACGGCCACCUAAAGUUUCACAUGGAGCGGCUCCACAACCAAGAUCACCCAGCACGCAAGAACCGCACUCCUGCCUCACAGCAGACCAUCAUAGUUAACGAUGAUGAGGAGGCCAUGGCCACGCUACAGUCCCUGCAGGCAGGCCAGACAGUGAUCAGUCCAGAGCGGUUGCAGGCCCUGGGGCAGGAUCACAUCAUUGUAGCCCAAGAGCAGGUGCUGUCAGACCAGGAGGAGGGCACGUACAUCCAGCAAAUAACCACCGUGGACGGGCAGACUGUUCAGCACCUAAUGACGGGGGAAAACCAGGUGACUGAGGUCCAGUACAUCAUCUCACAGGAUGGAGUACAGCACCUUUUCCCCCAGGAGUAUGUGGUGCUGGCAGACGGUGACCACAUACAGAUGCCAGAUGGGCAGAUAAUCCAGUAUGAGAACGACAGAGCGGUACUUCAGGACCAACAGAUUGCUGUCAACAAUGAUGGUCAGAUUCAAUACUUGCCCAUCAGCGCAGAGCAGCAGAUAGUGAGUCCUGAAGACCUGGAGGCUGCUGCCCACUCUGCUGUCACAGCUGUAGCAGAUGCAGCCAUGGCACAGGCCCAGACAGUAUAUACUGAGGCUACACCUGAACAGCUAGAGCAGCUACAACAACAGGGCAUCCACUAUGAUGUCAUUACUUUAACCGACGAAUAGACAGACAGUUGAACUUGUCUGCUUUCGGCUGCCUGGAUACAGACUGGUGCACAGCAGGACCGGUCGGACUGUUGGAACCACUAUGAGCAGACGUAAAAAGUGCAACCUCAAGAUAUGCAUUCAGCUACCUGGAAUGUGAAUAAAAGGAUAAUCUUUUGGACUGUAUCAUCCUUUUGGGGGUGGUUGCACGUUUUAUUGAGAUCAGCAGCUUUUUGUAAAUUAGCAACACUGCACCAAUAGCUUCUAAUUUAAUCAUAGAGGCUGUGCGUUUAGGUUCGGAAAAGUUGGUCGACUCUUUAAGUAUUUAAGCUGAUAUGGUUUUCAUGUGCCUCAACUGCUUUGAUUUGCAAGACAAUGUUGUUAAAGAAGAGGAGGUGGCUUAUCUCAUGUAAUGGUAAACAUUCUGAGCUUUCAAGUUGACAGUUUUAUCUUUGAUCUGUAAAAAAGAUAUGUUUAUUGUUAGAAUGGAACAGUACGACAGUGACUUUUACUGAAUUAUCAAAGAAUUUGUAUAUAACUUAAGGCACUUGUCUUCUGUUCCACGAUGGAGAGUAUGUUUUAUUUGGUGAAUGAGAAGUGUCAAAAAAGAUAAAAACUGAUACCAAAUAACUUGCUAUUACUUUAUUUAUAUAAUUGUUCUGUGACCACAAAUCUGGCUGGUCAGUUGGAUGAUUAAUUGCUGUGGUAUGAUACGACAUAUGUACCAUAUUGUCCUAAUUUCAACCAAUUAAAUAGAGUUGACAAACCUGUACAAUUUACAGUUCCAUGGCAUAAAAUUUGACUGUGACUGUCUUGAAACAUAAAAAAAAAAAAUCAAUGUACAGGGUUAAAAAUUGCACCAAUUUCAAGAAAACAUAA